UUAGUUCCGCCGACAUUUCGCUUCAGCAGCUGGCCCUUUUACGUGACUUACCUUUAAAUAGUUAUUUCAAAAUUAUUUGUGUCUAAACAACGUUGUAAAAAAUUAUUUAGUGCUUGGUAAAAUUCAGCUGUUAAUGUACUCUAGCUAAACGAAAUCAGUGUGGUAACCUGACAUUGUAAGUUAUUAUGGCUAUGAUGAUGGUGACUUGAUAUUUUCUCGCUAUCUAGUGUACUUUCAACUGUGACAGAAAUACUUCGCUGUGAGUUUGAUAGCGAGCCAUUGCGACAGCAUGGCAAUCAUUAACUUGGAUUCUAGAAACACAGAAAGUAACGCCAUCCUUUAAAACCGAGGUCACAUGUUGUAUCCAUAAGGUGCCUUAUGUGAUGGGUUCCUGGCACCCAGUUUCCAACCUGAGAAACUAUGCUUCCCAACAUCCUCCUGCGGUGACGUUUGUCUUGUGUCUGCUGAUCCUUGCCCUCUCCUUCAUCAGCAUCAGCUCCUAUGCCCACACACAGACCCUGCCCAAUCCUGAUACAAAGGACUGGAACAACUUCCUUUCCUCCAUCGCCCUUCACCAGCUGUGUGAGGUGACCAAUGGCACCACGGAUGAGCAGGUUUCUAGUCCUCCGAUUGGGCAGAAGACAGGUGGAAACUCAUUGGAGAGCCCUUCCCAGAACCCGCCUCCUGUGACCCAGUACUCCCUCCUUGUCCCACUGGCUCUGGUCCACAAGCCUGACAGCCAAACCCCGAAGGUUGUGGAGCUGCACACCAGUCUAUUGGCCAGUCAGCUGGGCUUGACAGGUGAUGAAACUGUGACUGUUGCUCUUCAAGUUUUCCCUCUCCCUACGGGGGAAAACACCUUCACCUGCCUUACCGUCAGCGCACCUGCACGCACUCUACCUCCAGCCCCUCUUCCCCCUCAGUGUCCAACCAACGAGAAGAUGAGCCCACCUGUCCGAGUGGUUACCGUGGAAACGGGUAGCCGGUCACCCAUGGCCUCGCGUUUGUGUUACAGCCUGAAGUCCACCCAUGACCCCACUCUCACAGCUUUGUUGACUGAGGAGCAACAGGACGUUGCAGUACAGCACCUGGUGCAAGUGAGUGUGGUCCUGCUGGGAAUGUGUGUCCUACUCUGUCUCUCAGCCAGCUUCUCACACACACGUCGUCACCAAGGCAACGGCCUGGGCCUACAGAUGGAGUCCCUUAUUGACUCCUGAUAUCGACCGUCAUAAAACCAAGGAGAGAUCAACGAUCACGGCGCCAGGAAAGUGAGAGAACAGAAAAAGGACGGACAAAAAAGCCUUUUAAGGAGGAUAUCUGCCUUUUUUAAGACAAUAAUUCAAUGGACCAACUCAUUUCUUACUUGUUAAUCUUGUGAUUGAUCAUUGACCCUUUAAACACCACCUUCAGGACCAGCUCUAAUAAUAAACAGCUCUAAUAGAGUUGUCAGCUAAAUUAAACUUUUUUUCCAUUUGCUCAAA